AAGUCGCCGCGUCGGUGGGCGGGGCUUGUUGUGCCACGUUGAUGGACAGCAGAGCAGUGGGGACGUGGAGCUCCGUCCGUCUGCAGACAAACCUCACACAACCCCACAGAUCUCUUAAAGCGACCCCGCUGAUUCACUCUCGCGCUCGCGUCUGUGUGUGUGUGUGUGUGCGUGACCGCAAGAGCAGGAUGAAGCUGAAGGAGGUAAACCGGACAGCUAUGCAGGCCUGGAGUCCAGCGCAGCAGCACCCCAUCUGUCUGGCCGCAGGUACGUCGGCCCAGCAGCUCGAUGCCACCUUCAGCACCAGUGCAUCUCUGGAGAUCUUCGAGCUGGAUCUGGCUGAUCCCACUUUAGCCAUGAAGUCCUGCGGCUCUUUCUCCUCUCCGCACAGAUACCACAAACUAGUCUGGGGUCCACAUGGCAUUGAAGACCAGAGUUUGCCAUCAGGUGUCCUGAUCGCUGGAGGAGAGAACGGCAACAUCAUCCUCUAUGACGCCUCCAAAAUCAUUGCUGGAGACAGUGAAGUGAUCAUUUCCCAGAGCGAGAAACACACGGGACCAGUAAGAGCUCUCGACGUCAACUCGUCUCAGACAAACCUUGUGGCCUCUGGGGGAAAUGAGUCAGAAAUCUACAUUUGGGAUUUGAACAACUUAAGCUCCCCAAUGACGCCAGGACCCAAAACACAGCCCCUAGAGGACAUCAGCUGUGUUGCGUGGAACAAACAGGUGCAGCACAUCCUGGCCUCGGCCAGUCCCAGCGGAAAAGCUUCGGUCUGGGAUCUGAGAAAGAACGACCUGAUCAUCAAAGUCAGCGACCACAGCAACAGGAGAAUCCUUGCACCAAAAUUUGAUUUGAUGACGCAGCAUCCUGUUUCUGAGACUGAUCUUCUGAGUACCAGUGAUUGCCGGCCUGUGCUACAUGUCGAAGAGGUUUCUGGUUGUGCUGACCCAAAUAAAUCCAGGGCAACAGAGGCAGCGACACUGGAGGAGGUUGAGAAGAAAAGCACUGUCGAGGAAGAAGAAGAAGAGCCGCCUGCCGCUGAGACAUCGGACCUAGACGAGAUUCCUUCUGAAGAUGAAGAACCUGCUGCUGAGGAGACGUCCAACACAGACAUUACUCCAGCUCCUACUUCAGAUACCGUUAACCUCAAAGUCAGCCAGGACGUUGAUGGACUGAUCACCCAGGCACUGCUGACUGGCGAUUACGAAGCCGCUGUUAACCUCUGUCUGCAUGAUAACCGAAUGGCUGACGGCAUCAUCCUGGCUAUUGCUGGAGGUCCCGAGCUUCUGGCAAAGACUCAGAAGAAAUACUUCAGCAAAACUCAAAGCAAAAUCUCUAAGCUCAUUAGCGCUGUGGUGAUGAAGGACUGGUUGGACAUUUUGGAGACAUGUGACCUGCAGAACUGGAAGGAAGCUCUGGCUGCAGUAAUGACUUAUGCAAAGCCAGAGGAGUUCUCCUCACUCUGUGGUCUGCUGGGCUCCAGGCUGGAGGCUGCUGAGGACACGGCACUGCAGGCUCAGGCCUGUCUCUGCUACAUCUGCGCAGGCACGGUAGAGCAGCUGGUUGCCUACUGGGCCAAAGCUCAGGACUCCUGCAGCCCGCUGGCACUGCAGGAGCUGGUUGAGAAGGUGGUGGUCCUGCAGAGAGCUGUGCUGAGAGCUCAGGGUGGUGUUUCUCCUGAUAUGGGUGCACUGCUGGCAGAGAAGAUGAAUCAGUACGCCAGUCUGCUGGCAUCACAGGGCAGCUUACAGACAGCCAUAUCCUACCUGCCCACCAACACUCAACAGGUUGCUGUGCAUCAGUUGCGUGAUCGUCUGAGCAGAGCUCUGGGUCAGCAGCAGCAGUCUGGAGUGAGGCAGACGCUUCCCGCCGCUGUUCCAGUGCAGACAUACACACAACCUCAACCUCCACAGGUCCCCGCGCAGCCCGCCGCACACACUCAGUAUUACCCACAGGGUAGAUCCGCCUCUACUGUCACGUCCUGGAGUAACCAAACCCCUACAGCUCUGCCCAGUGUCCCUCGCCCGCUCGUGCCUGGCGCUGACCCGCAGGUGGAGUCCUCCGCUCCAGUCUUUGGCCUUCAGUCUCCAGUGAGCGCCUCCGCUCCCUUCAUGUUCUCCCAGCAGUACCAGAACUAUCCUCCUGCUCAGCAGUUCAUGCCUGCCGCCGGGACUCCUGGCAUCUAUCAGCCUCUUCAGUACUCUUCCUCUACGGCUUCUCCUCUUCCUCCUCCACCCUCAUCAUCCUCCUCCUCUGCCCCUGCUGUCUAUCCUCCACAGUUCAUGCACCCUGCCUCCUCUCAGCCAGCAGCUCCUCCUGUGAUUUCUGGGCCUCCUCAGGGCCAGCCUUUCUCUCCUCCUCCUCCUCUCUCUUCUGGCGUGUCUUUCCAGCACGGUGGGCCGGGGUCGCCCACGGCUUAUCUUCCUCCUCCGGUCGCCAGAGCUCCAGGUAUUCAGACUGAACCCGCUCUGAUUCCAGCCUUCCAGAGAGCAGGAGGAUUAAAUCAAGACUCAGCCUGGUCUUUGGAAGGACCUCAGAACGGCUGGAACGAUCCUCCCGCACUCAACAGAGCUCCCAAAAAGAAGAAGAUGCCAGAAAACUUCACUCCACCAGCCCCCAUUACAGCACCCAUCAUGGCCCCUCUAGGAGACCCUCAGGUCCCUGCUGCUGCCCAAACCAUGCAGACCCUUCAGCCGCAACAACAGCGUCCAGAUCAGCCUGUGGGCCCAGCCACCUUCAGCCCCAUCCAGCAGCAGCCACUGGGACCCCCGGGCAGAAACCCCAGCAUGCCUCGGGGCAACAUGGAGGGUGCGCCUGGAGCGCCAAUUGGAGAUGUCAUAAAGACCAUACCGACUGAGAAGAUCACUAAGAAGCCAAUCCCUGAGGAGCACAUGGUUCUGAAGACCACUUUUGAGGGACUGAUCCAGAAAUGCUUGGCUGCUGCUUCAGACCCGCAAACCAAGAGGAAGUUGGAUGAUGCUCAUAAGAGGCUUGAGUAUCUCUAUGACAAGCUGAGAGAGCAAACGCUGUCUCCAGCUAUCGUCGGUGGUCUGCACAAUAUGGCCCGCAGCAUCGAGUGCCGCUGCUACACCGACGGACUCAACAUCCACACACACAUCGUGAGCAGCAGCAACUUCAGCGAGACGUCUGCCUUCAUGCCCAUCCUGAAGGUGGUGCUGACGCAGGCCAACAAACUGGGUGUUUGAUAUCCACCGUCUGUAACACACACACACACCAACAAGUAUUCCCACACCCCUCAAGCCAUCAUUCCAGGACCAGAUGUGCAUAUACUUAACCGAUUCUUUGUUUUUUGUCUCAUGUGUUUUAAUGUUGUUGCUAUUAUUACAUAUUUGUAAUCCUGGCAGAGCCAAGUGCAAUAGGGCUUUCCCCUUUUACGUCUCCAGUUUUAAUGGUAAAUUAGCUUCAUAAAAUGAAAUGCGAGUUUUAUGUUUAGCGGCAAGCUAAUCGUUUCCAGUGCAUCAUUCUUAAGUUAUGCUGUUCAUUUGGCAUUAUUAGUUUGAUUUUUAAGAUGUUUACGAUUAUCGCAGCUCCUCUGCAUUUCAAUUUAUUUUCUGUGAAUCUUCUUUGAUUUACGUUAUGACAUCAUUUCUGCCGAUGAAGUUUGGAUAUGGCAUCAACGUAACAUGAUUAAAAAAAAAAUUGCCAUUCAUUUUUAUUUAAGCAGUUUAUUUGAUUUGGCAUUCGUACAAUUGGAAAUUCGCGAUUAAAUCUUGAUUGAUGUUUGUUUCAUAAUAAUGCUGCCUGUCUUUAUUGUACAUCACUGUGUGUUUUAGACAUCUUUUCAGAUCAUACUUCUGAAACAAAGGGGCAAAAAAAAAUUGUGUGGG